GAUUCCUCUCGCAGAAAUUUUAGGACUUGGAUUUGCAUUAAAAAGUUGAAUUUCGUUUGUUUUUCUAACCGGAAAGGAGGAGAUUUUCAUAUUUAUUGUUCAUUGCUGAACGUUUUUGGCUAGAAUGAGUGACACUCGACGCAAACGCUAUACCGGAGCGCCGAAAACGCGGUCGGAGAACGGAGGCCAGCCACAUCGGCCGCAAAGUGGAUCGCAGACGCCUGGCCAUAGAGGAAGAAAUAACAAUGCACAUGGACCAAAUUAUCGUGAUGGCGGCUCUUCAAGGAUGAAUGCCUCUGACAGAGUAAAGAAGAUCGUACAGGAGGAGGGGAGGACUGCACGGAAUCUCGUACUCUAUCAUGUGCCAGUACAGAGUAAUCAGCAAGGCACAGAUCGAUCAAGGGCACGACAGGCUCGUAAUAAACCGCAACCAAAAGAAGCGAAUGAUCUUAAAUCAAGUCUCAAAUCGGAACUUACAAAGUCUCCGAAAUCUGAUGGUGGUAAGAAACCAGACUUGAGGGCAAGGUAUUGGAAGUUCCUGUUUGACAAUCUACAGAGGGCAGUUGAUGCCAUCUAUGAGACAUGUGAGCAGGAUGAGAGUGCUCUCGAAUGUCGGGAAGUGAUUAUGAUGUUAGAACAAAGCACUAAAGAUUUCCAGUCCCUUAUAGAGCGGUUACAUGUACAGAAAGAAUUUGAGCAAGCAACCAAGGAAGGAGACAGGCCUGCAUCUAUUGCCUGGGAAGUACGCAAGAUGUCUCCAGGCAAGUCACCUAGUGGAAUGGGCCAUCGUACUUCUCCGAGCCCAGCUCAGAGAGCUCUCAAUUUUUCAUAUCCAGAACAAAACUUAGCCGUAAAAUCAAGUGUCCAAAAUACAGGGAAUAGUUGGGCAGACAGAGUGAAAGGUAUCACUAGCAGUCCUGGCACUGACAGUUCAAGGGAAGUAACUCCCAUGAAGGUAGAUCAUCCUGUGUUACCGGAACCACCAGUUCUUUCCCCUGUUCCAUCAUCUUUGACAGAAUCAGAUUCUUACAGGGAGAUAAAUGAAUCAGAAGAGGACGAUGGCUGGGAGACAGUUCAUCGGGGUGGGAAGACGAAAUCUUGGGGGUCCCCUUCACAACGGUCCCUAGAAAACCUACAUACAGUCAUCAAGAAUGAACAUCACAAACUCACAAGAUCUGUCUCAGAGCCAAGUGCAUCAAUGAAGAAAUACCAACGAAAAUCAAAUCAUUCCAAAAUAGGCAACCGUCAAAAUACCACUAAAGUGGGAACCAGUCCAUCUGAGGACAAGCUGGAAACAACACCACAGAGAAAUAAGGUGGAAACCAUUCCAAAUGGAGAUAUCUCAAAACCUCCUUUGAGGCCGAGAACCGAUAGUAAAGAUAGUGAAAAAGAGAACCGUCCAAAUUCAAACUUAGCAAAUGAGAUUAAAAAGGCAGAAAAUGUUACAACUAAGAAAUCUCCAGGAUUACCUAGGAGGAGUUUUGAAAGUAGACUUAAGGGAACCAAAGAUCUGAAAGACUCUAAUAAUAAGAGCAGUGUAACUAAAACAAAAUCACAUAGCCGGAAACCAGCAGCAAAGGGACCAGAUGUUGCUAAAAGUGCAGGAAAAGGUGCAAAACAGACUGUUGCAAAAGAAGAGGAAGUUGGAGCUAAAAGUGUUAAUGAUAGCCAAACUGACCUAAGUGUUGCAAGUAGUAGUGGACAGACUGAUACUAGUGAAGGUGCAGUUAAAGAUGUAUCUGAAACAGAAAAGGAAAAAGAAUCUGAAAUCGAGAAAGUAGAAGGUGAAGACAGAAUAGAGCUGGAACAAGAUGAAGAUAACUCUGUGAAGCAGAUUGAUGAUGCGUUGGCUACAGCGGAGGAUGCAGAGAACAGUCUUACAGAUGAGUGGGAGAAAGAACAGAAUCAGGCACUGGAAACAGCUAUACAGGAGGAAGAAACUUGGCUUAAGGAACUUGCAAGAGAGGAAAACACAGAUAUUGAUGUUGAAACAGAGACAGAAAGUGACCUUGGGAAUACAAUGAGUUCAUUAGAAGCGUCUACACCAGGUGCUCUGGACUGGGAUUCUAUGGUUGCUGAAUAUGAUGCUGCAGAAAAGUCUGGGAUGAAGAAGAAUUGGGGUGAGAUGGUAGAUGAAGCAGACACACGGACACCUGGACAUGCUGUUCACAUGCAUGAGAAACUUUCCUCUCCUUCAAGGAAAAGGUCACCGACCGAGUCAAAGAAACGUCACGAGGAGAAACAAGCGAAGGCACAGGAAUUGCGAGACAAACUCAUGCAGGAGAAGUCGGAGAGACUGAGGAUUCUGGGACUGAAGGUAGAGGAAGUUCGAGCUUGGAAAGAAGAACUGAUGAGACAAAAGAAAGAGAUGAUAGAGAGAAAAAUGCAGCAAGCGGAAGAAAAAAGACAAAACAUGCUGAAAUCCAAAGCUCAGAAAGCUCAUGAUGAGGAAGCCAAGGCGAAUGAGAUAGCUUUUAUCAACAGUUUGGAAGCUCAGAACAAGCGGCUGGAGAUGAUGUCAAAACAACAGGAGUCCGAGGCAAGGCUGCAGGAUAUUCAGGAUGAGAGACAACGUAAACAUGAGGAGAAACUUGCCAAGGAGGCGGCGGUAGAGGAGCGCAGGAAGACGCUGCAGGCAGAGAGGCUAGCGCGCUUACAGGAAAUCAAAGAAAGAAGGAAGAUUAAAGAUGCCAGGGUGGAGCAACAGAAAGCUGAUAGGGAAACUGAGAGACAGGAUGCCCUGAGAGCAAAAGAAAAGGACAGAGAGGAGAGACUUGCUGCCCUGAAUGCUCAACAUGAACAACAAAAACAGGAACUGCAGAAAAAAAUACAGCAGAAGCAAGUAGAGAGCUCCCAGCGACAUAUGGAGGCCUUGAAGCAGAUUCGAGAGAAAGCUUUCGAGAUGAGUAUUUUACGCCACUCGACUGAAGAUCACAAUGAUGCCCCGCAGCUUACACCAUAUGCCAUCGGCAAAAUGUGCACCAUUUGUAAUGCUUUGAUUCCAUCAGAAGUAUAUUUAUUGAGUCAUUUACGUGGAAAAACCCAUCAGCAAGCUCUCAAACACAAUAAUAAUGGAAUGUCCAUGACAAAACAGGAAAUUGAAACAUUUAAUUUGAAACAUAUUGUGAAUGCCCCAGAUAACAACAACCAUCCAAAGAUAGUGUCCGAGAAGGAACGAAUUAAAUCUCUGAAGAAACGAUGUAAGAAAUUGAAACAGAGGAUGCAUUCCAGAGGCCUUGAGUACGAGAACAGCUUGAUAGGAAAGCAGCCAGUGGUUGAGUCAGAGAAUAAAGCUAAAAUGCAGAAAGUUAUCAGGGAUAUCAACAAAUAUCUACAGUCAACAGAGAGUGGUCCUUGGUCUCAGAGUCGAGUAUCAGCACUAGACAGGGCUCUCGGAGAGCUGAAUAGAAUAUUUGACAAAAAAGUGUUUGCUGAUCAAGGAAGUUUCAGGCAUUUAGGAGGUUUAACCACACUUUGUCGUAUAAUACAACUGGUAGAUAUUGCAAACAUACAGUCACCACCACCUAUACCACAAAAAUCUCUGGUGUUGACAUGUCAGGUGUUGAAGCAAGCGUGUAAAGGGAACUAUGACAACUGUCACUAUAUGAUGUUCAGCAACAAGAUAAGUCUCGUCAUAGAGUUAACUAUCCAUCAACUUUCUCUGAUGUUGCCAGCAGAACAGCCCACUAAUAACAAUGCCUUCACAACAACACCAGAACCUCCUAAAAUACCACACAAUCUUCUGGGAAUAAACCUACUCCAGCUACUCACCAUUAUCCUCACCUGUCUCGCUAAAAAUAGCCCGUCAACAAAGUCAAGCGAGGCAUCUUUAGAGAGAAUGAGCAACACUGUUGAUACAUUUACUAGUCGAGGAAAUGAUAUCAUAAGCUAUAUAAUCAGUGUGGGUAUAGUGGACAAGUUGACACAGUAUUUGCGGCUGGUUCAGGGUUCAAUAGACGAUGACAAGGAAGCUGCUGAGUUUAUACAAAAUUGCCUAGGACUUCUUGUUGCUCUCACAAAAUUCCUGUCUGUACGAAAAUCCUCUAUAUUCGAGAAAAAGAAAUUAGAAGACCCAACACAGCUCAUAUCAACCUUUGAAGUGACGGAACUUGUUGGGAUAGUCUCUCUGUUGUACGGAAUGUUGCUGCAUUCUGGGACACCAAGUAGAGGUGACGUUGCCCCACCCGAGUUUCCGCAGCAUACCCUAGGUGUCGCCACCACCGGGCUCAGAAUGUUGAACCACAUGGCAACAUUAGACCUAGACAUGAUGCAGAGCACAUUGGGUCAAGAAGGGAUGUCGCUAGAGUUUCGUCAUAUUGCUAGCUACCUCAUCUGGUAUUGUUCACACCAUAAUGCAGAAGAGUUACUUCAUGAAGUAAUAUUGUGUGUAGGUUACUUCACUGUGCGCAAUACAGAUAAUCAGGUUGUGAUACAGUCAGGUCAGCCACCAACAGUUCUACAACAGAUGUGUUCCCUCCCAUUCCAGUAUUUCUCGGAUCCUCGACUCGUCAAUAUAUUAUUCCCAACCUUGAUCUCCUGUUGCUAUAACAACCAAGCCAACAGGGAAAUCCUUGAACAGGAACUGAGUUGUGUCCUGCUGUCUAAUUUUAUUGAGGAAAAGUCACUGGAGACACAAGCAACACAACCUCCAAUAGCUAAAAAGACAACAGAUAAAGAAAAACGUGAAUCAAAAGAAGCAGAUUUGAGGACAACCCUGGCAUACAGAUUUCCCCAAGAGCAGUGGACAGCAGCUCAAGAAUACUUCAAAAUCUGCUAGCCUGUUUGAAAGAAGCAUGCUUGUGUGCCAUUUCAUCAAAAGUAAUCUACAGUUGCAGGGGACUGCUUCAAAAACUACAACUAGUGGAGAAAAAAAAAGUGUCCUUUUUGUAUUAAAUUUUUGUAUGUCAUGGCAUUGAAAGAGACAGGACCAACUGAAUUUUCAUAAAGUUCACAAUUUGCAUAUUUUCAGUAUGUAUACUUUUUCUGAUUGAGAAAGAAUAAGCAAUAUAACCUGUAUUUAAUGACACCUCUGUGAAACAGAAACCUCUAUAAAAUGGACACCUCUCCAAAGAUGCACCUAUUUUCUUCAUAAUUAGACAAUAUCUUAGCAAGUUUACCUCUGCUGAGCAGUAAAAACUUCACAUUUUUCUCCUUAGUGGUGUUGACUUUAUUAGUGGUUGCACAAUACCUUCAUACUAUUUUUUUUUGUUAGCACAAAGUGCUCAAGUUGAGCUAUUGUGAUUGCCUUGUGUCCAUCAUUAUCCUGUGUCAUCAACAGUUUAACUGCUGGUUGUUCCUAGGAGAUCAUGGCAUUGAGCCAAGCUGGCUUUAUGACACUACUGCUGGUCCUUCCCACAAGGUCAUAGCAUUGAACUUAAGUGGCUUCAUUACACUACUGCUGGUAGUUCCAAGGUCAUCGCGUCAAACCUAGCUGGCUUCCAGACACUCCUGCUUUCAUUCUAAUGAGUUCAUCUGAUUGAACCUGGCUGGCUUCAUGAAACUACUGCUGGCUGCACCCACAAAGUUAUUACUGUGAGAGCAUAUAUUUUUGCUGGGUCAGAAUUUAGCAAAUUUGAACUAUUGAGUAUGUAUGCAAGGUUUUUUUAUAUUGCAAGUUUGUUAAAAAAAAAAGGUUAUCAUGCUGAAACAUUUUUAAUAAGUCAGUGUACAUAGAAGUUACACAUUGUAAAGCAUUACCUUUAGACGGGUUUGUUUAACCGUUGAUAUUGUUGAUGUGUUGUGUUUGUUUUGUUGACGACAUAGUAUGAAGUUCUGGUUUGUCUUCCUGGAUGCCUGUGAUGAAAUAAUGCCUAGAAGGGCACCUGGGCUCUUCCUCCACCAUGAAUAUUUCAAAAGUCGCCAUAUGACCUAUAAUUAUAUCUCAGUGAUGUUAAGGCAUCGCCUACAGUGGCAGCCAUUAGACUCAAAAUUUUACUUGCAAAUUUUCAUAAAAAUAAAAGAUGACUAAGUGGUAACUAUAAAGUCAAUAAAUUUGUCAUAAUUAUGUUUUAAAUAUCUAUGUGAAUAUAUGCAAGUAGAAGGAUGUGCAUUUCACUACCUGUAUUAUGCCUUUAUUCGAUAUUUUUCUAUGACAAAAUUUUGCAAUUUUAUCUGCAGUCAAACUCGAUAUAUAUUCAAUACAUUUCAAAGAUAGUUACAGCCAAUUGUAAAGCAGACCGUGAAGAAUAAAGUCUUCAGAAAUUAUUUUGAAAUUUUACCUGAUUACUGAAUUAUACACAAAAAUCCCAUCACCAUCAAUUUAUCCAAUUUGUGUUAUCUGUUCACACAAUUUACAUGUAUAUAAACAGGUGAUAUUAUAGGAUUAUGUAUAGGUUUACCUGGCUACCUGUGGUCAGUAAUGCAUGUACAAACAACAAUUUAAAUUAAAUUUACAUGGGGUUGUCUUUUUGUGUCUAAUGCAAUAACCAGGAACAAUUUCGACAAAAAUCCGUAGGAGUUUGCAGUAUACAUAUUGUACUAUGAAAUUAACUAAAUUUUGUCUUUGUAAUAUCUUUUAUAUUGGAGUUCUACUGCACAUAAAAUUUCAAUAUUUUGGGGUAAAUUUUCUGUCUAAACGAGACUCAAAUAUUUUACAAGCGGCAUAUAUACUAUAAAUCAUCAUAUGCUUCUUAUGUUGAUGAUAAUUUGACCAGCUGUUAAGGCUUUAGUGCAAUUUUCAAGAGAAAAAUACUCGGCCUGAAAAUAUGAACUGAUACCGAGUUGUGACUGUGGCGAUGCCUUAAACCCAGCAAAAAAAAAAAAACUGACAGAGUGAAAAUGCAUGGGUUUUUUUUAAAUUCUGAUUUUAUUUUAUCAAAUAGUUAUUUCUGACAUAGUUAGAAAGGCAAUUAACUCACAGAAGUGUUAUCUGAACACAGGUGUUUUUCACCAUUUUUUUUUGCACCUGAAGGGAGGUCUAUAGUCAUCUUACUGCCUAGCCAUCUGUAUGUUAGGAAGCUGUCCCAUUUGAUUCACUGAGUUAUACAUUUUAAAUUGUUUAAUAAAUUCCUAUGAUGCUUAAUACAAAUGUCAAGCAUAAUGAUGUGUGUUAGGUCUGUACCUCAAAGGUCAAGGUCAAGUUUUGAAGGCAUUUUUGUCACUGGGAAUCUCACUUUGUCAAACAGCCCAGUUCCAGAGAGAUUCCUUUAUAUGGGGGAGGGAGGUGGGGGUCUCAUUUACAGUAUUGUCUUUGCUGAUUUGUUACAUUUAAAAAGAACAAACAAAAUUUUUAUGUCAAUAUUUUGUCAUGUUUCUGGGUUGUUCACCAUAGAAUUACGUCUCCGAUUUCAUUAUUUCAUCUAAUUUUACAUCUUUAAUAGACUGUGAUACUCUCAAAUUAUUAUUAUUUAUGUUAGUGUGAAAACUUACCAUUGUAUCAUUUUGCUUUCUAUGCCCUUCUCAUUUUUAGCUCCUCUGAUUUAAAAAGAAUGAUGAGUUAUUGUCAUCACUUGAUUGGUGUCGGCAUUGGUGUUAUCUGGUUAAGUUUUAUGUUUAGGUUAGCUUUUCUCCUAAAAUAUCAAAGCUAUUGCUUUAAAAGUUGCAACACUUGUUCACCAUCAAUAGCUGACUCUGUACAGCAAUAAAAAACAUAACUCCAUCCUGCUUUUUGCAAGACUUAUGGCCCCUUUUGGACUUAGAAAAUAUCAGAAUUCUUGGUUAAGUUUUGUGUUUAGGUCAACUUUCCUCCUUAACGGUCAAAGCUAUUGCUUUAAAACUUGGAGCAUUAUCCACCAUUAAAAGCUAACUCUGCUCAGCAAGUACCUUUACUCUAGAUUGCUUUUUGCAAGAAUUAUGGCUCCAUUUGGACUUAGAAAAUCAGAUGUUUUGGUUAAGUUUUUUGUUUAGGUCAGCUUUUCUCCUAAACUAUGAAAGCUAUUGCUUCAAAACUUGCAACACUUGUUCACCAUCAAAAGCUGACUCUGUACAGCAAGAAACAUAACUCCAUCCUGCUAUUUGCAAGAAUUAUGGCCCCUUUUGGACUUAGAAAAUAUCAGAUUUCUUAGUUAAGUUUUGAAUUUAGGUCAACUUUUCUCCUUAAUGGUCAAAGCUAUUGCUUUAAAACUUGGAGCAGUUAUCUGCCAUUAAAAGCUGACUCUGCACAGCAGGUACCGUAACUCUACAUUGCUUUUUGCAAGAAUUAUGGUCCCUUUUGGACUAAGAAAAUCGUGGGUAGGACAAUAUUUCUAUUAUACAGAGACAAAAAAGUCAGAUGAGCGUCUACACCUGCAAGGCGGUGCUCUUGUUUCUACUUUUGAAUGGCAGAGUAUUGGUGUUCUAUUCUUUCUCAGCUAAAUAUUUAUGUAAUAUAAAUGCAAAUGCAAGGUACUUUAAAUUAAGGUAAUGAAACCAUAGUGAAUAUCAGUAAUGUCCGUGUGAUUUCAUAUUCUCCAUAUAGGACUUCGGCAUUCUCUGCCUGGUUGCUCAAACAAGCAAGAUUAGCCGAAGAAUGACGAAUUAGCAUUUAGAAAUUACGUUAUCUCACAUAAAUUGCCAAUUGUCAAUCAAGUCCAUACCUUAAAUAAGAAAAUCCUCGUGUGAAUUUUAAUGCAAGAUAGGUACUUAUAUAAGAAGUUCAUCAGUAAUUAUGCCCCUCUUCGAGGAAGGAGGGGUAUAUUGUUUGGGUCGAAAUCCACAUGUGAAUUAUGCCCCUCUUCGAGGAAGGAGGGGUAUAUUCUUUGGGUGCAUUACCUUAAAUAAGAAAUCCAUCUGUGAAUUCAAAUACAGGAUAGGUACUUAUAUAAGAAGUUCAUCGGUAAUUAUGCCCCCCUUCGAGGAAGGAGGGGUAUACUGUUUGGGUGCAUUACCUUAAAUAAGAAAUCCACAUGUGAAUUCUAAUGCAAGAUACAUGUAGGUACUUAAUAUAAGAAGUUCAUCAGUAAUUAUGCCCCCACCCCCUUUCGAGGAAGGAGGGGUAUAUUGUUUGGGUGCAUUACCUUAAAUAAGAAAUCCAUCUGUGAAUUCUAAUGCAAGAUAGGUACUUACGUAAGAAGUUCAUCAGUAAUUAUGCCCCCUUCAAGGAAGGAGGGGUAUAUUGUUUGGGUGCAUUACCUUAAAUAAGAAAUCCACAUGUGAAUUUUAAUGCAAGAUAGGUACUUAUGUAAGAAGUUCAUCGGUAAUUAUGCCCCCUUUGAAGAAGGAUGGGUAUAUUGUUUUGAAGAUGUCGGUCGGUCUGUAGACCAACCGGUUUCGGAUGAAAACCCAAGAACAUUUGAGCCUAAGGUCAUGAAAGUUGAUAGGAAGAUUGGUCAUGACUAGCAGAUAACCCCUAUUGAUUUUGAGAUCAGUAGGUCAAAGGUCAAGGUCACGGUGACCUGGAAGAGUUAAACGGUUUCUGGACGAUAACUCGAGAACGCUUGGGCCUAGGAUCACGGAAGUUGAUUAGGAGCUGAUGACCCCUAUUGAUUUUGAGGUCAAUAGGUCAAAGGUCAAGGUCACUGUGACCCGGAACAGUUAAACCGUUCCCAAACGAUAACUUAAGAACACUUGGGCAUAAGAUCAUGAAAGUUGAUAGGGAGGUUGAUCAUGACCAGCAGAUGACUCCUUUGGAUUUUGAGAUCAGUAGGUAAAGGGUCAGGGUCAAGGUCAUAGUGAACCGGAACAGUUAAACUGUUUCUGGACGAUAACCUGAGAACACAUGGGCCUAGGAUCACAAAACUUUGUAGGUAGAUUGAUCAUGACCAGCAAAUGACCACUAUUGAUUUUGAGAUCAGUAGGUCAAAGGUCAAUUUCACAGUGACCCUGAACAGUUAAAUGGUUUCUGGACAAUAACUCGAGAACGCUUGGGCCUAGGAUCACGAAACAUAAUAGGGAGGUUGAUCAUAAGCAGCAGAUGAUCCCUAUUGAUUUUGAGUUCAGUAGGUCAAAGGUCAAGGUCACAGUGACCCGGAACUGUUAAACCGCUUCGGAUGAUAACUUGAAAAAUAAAAUAGAUUACUGAAUGCAUCAAGGGGGGCAUUUCGUGUUCUACGAGCUGUUGUUUUCCAUAUAAAAUACUAAUGAGAAAUUGAUCUAUAAUUAUCUAAUACAAGGUAGUUACAGAUACAAGAAAUUCACAUAUGAUUUUCUCUACAUCCAAAUGAGUUUCACCUAUAAUCGCAUUUUAUAAGAGUUUCAUCUAUAAUUUUCCAUUCAGGACUCGUAUUCAAACUUCUUUUAAUAAUAAGAGUUUCAUCUAUAACUUUAGGAACCGUUAAAUACUCAUAUAAGAUUCUUUAAUAAGAGUUUCAUCUAUAAUUUCCAAUGCAGGAUUCUUUCUUCUGAGUUUUACCUAGAAUUUUCCAUACAAGAUAUUUGAGCUAGAUAUUCACUAUCAUUAAGAUGUCUGAUUCCAUUCUCACACUAGUUUGCGAAUAGCAAACACUGUUUUGUACAGACCACUAUUUGUCUUUUUUUUUAGUUUUCGUAUGAAGUUUGAUGUUAGAUGAUGUAUAUAGUUUAUGAAGAACUCGAGAAUAUGGUAGUUUGAUAUUUGUAUAUAGAGUAAGUAUGUGAAGUUUUCUGUAUAAAUUGUUGCUUUAGUACAAAGUUUAUGUGAAUUCAUGAAUAAUUUAUUAUUUUAUACACUAUUGUCUUAUAUUUUAUUGAUUGUUGUUAAAUGUGAAUUUUUAAUGAAUAUUCUUUAAAACAUGUGAA